GGCAGUUUUUCCUUCGGGCUGAUCUGGAGGUUUCAGGUCAGUUUUUGUAAAGAGUCCUGAGACAAUUUGUUGUUCUUGACGCUAUAUAAAUGAAAUUUAAUUGAAUUGAAAAUUGAAAAAAUUGAACCAAGCGUUGCCAUGGAGGAUCUGUGCAGUAGGAGUGGUCUGGAUCCUAUCUGGGACUGGAAUCUGACCUGGUACUCGUCCAGACCGGACCUCACCCAGUGUUUCCAACACACCGUCCUGGUUUGGUUCCCUUGUGUUUACCUGUGGACGUGUUCACCUGUCUACCUGCUCUACCUUCAGCUCCGCCCUCAGAGAGGCGUCAUCCCACUGUCAAAACUCUGCUGCAGCAAGACGCUCCUAGCUCUCAGUUUGGCUUCCUUCAGUCUCCUGGACAUGUUUUACUUCCUGGUGAAGAAGACUGAGGAGAUCCAGAACCACCUGCUGGUCCUGCUGGGCCCACUGAUUCGGAGCCUCACUCUGGUCCUUGCUGUAGCAAUAAUCCAGGUAGAGAGGAUGAAGGGAAGUCGUUCAUCCGUCAUCCUCUUCCUCUUCUGGACUCUUCUAGUUCUUUGCUCCAUCGUUCCUCUGAAGGUCGUCAUUGAGCAGAUUAUUGAUCAGAGUUUUUCAUCAGAGCCUCUCCGCUUUGUGGCGUUCUUCAUAUGCUUCCUCCUCCAACUCAUCGAACUUGUCCUCAGCUGCUUCUCAGACAAGCGACCAUUCUCCAAUAAACAUGUCCACGUUCAGAAUCAGUGUCCAGAAGAAGAUGCCUCGUUUCUCUCCAAGUUUUUCUUCUUCUGGUUCAGCAGUCUGGUGUUUAAAGGUUAUCGGCGCCCCCUGUGUGCUGCAGACCUGUGGUCUCUGCGGGACCAAGACUCAUCCACCCAGAUCAUGACAGACUUGGAGAAACUCUGGAAUCAGACCAGCAGAGAGCUGCAGACCCGGUCCAGGUCCCAGUCUGAAGCUCGGCCUGACUCUACUGAGAAAACACAGCUGCUGCACAAGAACAGGAAAGGGCGGAGCCACGACCUCGUCCUCCUUUAUGCUCUGGGUCAAUGCUUUGGAUUGUACUUCGUAUGUGGGACGCUGUGUCUCCUCCUCCACGAUGCCUUCAUGUUUGCAGUGCCACAGGUUCUCAGUGCGCUGCUGGGGUUCAUGCGGAUUAAAGAUGCUGCAAUGUGGAAAGGUUUCCUCUUCGCCUCGCUGCUCUUCGUGCUGUCCUGUCUACAGUCUGUCCUCCAUCAUCAGUACAUGUUUCACUGCUUCACGGUAGGAAUGAGACUGAAGACUGCCAUCAUGGGCCUUCUCUACAGGAAGAGCCUCGUGAUGAGCAGUGACGCAAGACAGCAGUGUACUGUGGGAGAAAUCAUUAACCUGGUCUCAGCUGACACUCAGAAGCUGAUGGACUUUGUGGUGUAUUUCAAUAGCGUUUGGAUUGCUCCUAUUGAGAUUGGUCUCUGCUUCUAUUUCCUGUGGCAGAUCCUGGGACCAUCUGCCUUUGCUGGUAUCAUUGCAGUGGUUCUGGUCUUCCCCCUGAACGGGUUCAUUGCUAAAGUGAGAAGCAAACUACAGGAGGUCCAGAUGAAGUUUACCGACAGUCGAAUCAAACUUAUGAACGAGAUCUUGGGUGGAGUAAAGAUCCUUAAGUUUUACUCCUGGGAGGAAGCUUUCCUGCAACGAGUCAACGUCCUGAGAGACAAUGAGCUCAACGCCUUGAGGACAUCUCAGAUUCUUUACUCUGUUUCUCUGGCUUCCUUCAACUCCUCAUCCUUCCUGAUCGCUUUGUCAGUGUUCGGAGUCUAUGUAUUGAUUGAUGAGCAAAAUGUUCUGGAUGCCCAGAAAAUCUUUGUUUCUGUUGCUCUUAUCAACAUCCUGAAAACUCCUCUGACUCAGCUUCCCUUCGCCAUGAGCACCACGAUGCAGGCUGCUGUCUCGCUCAGACGCCUCGGAAACUUCCUGAGUCAAGAUGAACUGAAGUCAGAAAAUGUGGAGAGACGUCCUUGUUGCACAGAUGGACACAGCAUGGUGAUUGAGGAUGGGUUCUUCUCCUGGUCCAAUCACGGGCCAUCAUGUCUGCAGAGGCUCAACCUGGCGGUGAAGACAGGGUCUCUGGUGGCUGUGGUCGGCCAUGUUGGCUCUGGAAAGUCGUCCCUGCUGUCGGCCAUGUUGGGAGAGAUGGAGAGGACAAGUGGCUUUGUCUCCAUGAAGGGCUCACUGGCCUAUGUUCCACAGCAGGCCUGGAUUCAGAACGCUUCUCUGAAGGACAACAUUUUGUUUGGUGAACGGAGGAAGGAGAGCUGGUACCACCGUGUGAUGGAGGCCUGUGCUCUGUUGCCUGACUUAGACAUCCUGCCAGCUGGAGAUAGCACAGAGAUUGGGGAGAAGGGUCUGAACCUGUCUGGGGGGCAGAAGCAGAGGGUGAGUCUGGCUCGAGCAGUCUACAGGAAGUCAGAUAUUUAUCUGCUGGAUGAUCCACUGUCGGCCGUUGACGCUCAUGUGGGACAACACAUCUUUGAUCAAGUCGUUGGACCCAGAGGACUCCUAAAAGACAAGACACGGGUGCUGGUGACUCACGGCCUCAGCUUCCUGCCUAAAGCAGACCUGGUCCUGGUGAUGGAGGAUGGUCAGAUCUCAGAGAUGGGUUCCUACAUGGAACUGAUGGACAGAAAGGGAGCCUUUGCUAAAUUUAUCCACACCUUUAGUGGAAACCAGCGCAGAGACAGUUCCACCCUCAGAGACAAGAGCAGUAGGAAGUCAGUGUCUCAUCUCAGUAUGAAUGAUUUUUCCAUUGAUCUCUCUCAGGAGCAGCUAAUCAGUUGUGAUAUGAGCAGUGCCAGUGUUAAGAUGAUGAACAUUAUUGACCAAGACUUGGAUGUUGAGGAGGCUGGAAAACUUACAGAAGCUGACAAGGCUCAAACAGGGAGAGUGAAACUGCAGAUGUACAGGGAGUACUUCAAGACCGUCGGUCUAACCUUCAUCAUGACCAUCCUCUUCCUCUGUGCCUUCCAGCAGGCCGCCUCGUUGGCCUACAACUAUUGGCUGAGUCUCUGGGCCGAUGACCUUCCUGUUAACGGCACACAGAGCGAUUAUGAGCUGAAGCUGAGUGUAUUUGCAACACUAGGCUUUACUCAGGGAAUGGCCAUGUUCGGUACGACCCUUGCUAUUGCUCUAGGUGGGAUCGUAGCAUCACGACACCUUCAUGCUGACCUUCUUCACAACAUCCUACACUCCCCCAUGUCCUUCUUUGAAGUGACGCCCAGUGGAAAUCUGCUGAAUCGCUUCUCGAAAGAGAUUGAUGCGAUUGACUGCAUGAUUCCUGAUGGACUGAAGAUGAUGCUGGGCUACCUGUUCAAGCUAAUGGAGGUCUGUAUUAUUGUGUUGUUGGCUACACCAUUCACAGGGCUGGUGCUCCUUCCCCUUACCUGUGUCUACAUCCUCAUUCAGAGUUUCUAUGUGUCUUCAUCAUGUCAGCUUCGCCGUUUGGAGGCUGUGAGUCGCUCACCGAUCUACAGUCACUUCAGUGAGACAGUCCAGGGAGCUGCUGUCAUUCGAGCCUUUGGAGAACAGAGACGCUUUGUCCUGCUGGCUGACUGUCGCAUCGACACCAACCAGGAAGCUUAUUUCCCUCGCUUUGUUGCCACCAGGUGGCUGGCGGUGAAUCUUGAGUUUUUGGGGAAUCUGUUGGUUUUGGCUGCAGCCAUCUUAUCAGUGCUGGGUCGGGAUGAACUCAGCCCCGGUAUUGUGGGAUUGGCUGUGUCACACUCUCUCCAGAUGACGGGGAUCCUGAGCUGGAUUGUUCGUUCCUGGACUGAUGUAGAGAACAACAUUGUAUCAGUAGAGAGAGUCAAAGAGUAUGAUGACACACCAAAAGAGGCAGCAUGGACUCUUGAGGACUGUCCACCGCCGGCAGACUGGCCGACUACAGGAAGCAUCCAGUUAGAAGAAUAUAGACUUCAGUAUCGUAAAGGUCUUGACUGGGCUUUAAAGGACAUCUCCAUCAACAUUAAUGACAGAGAAAAGGUUGGGAUUGUUGGAAGAACGGGAGCUGGAAAGUCAUCACUUGCUUUGGGACUCUUCAGGAUUCUGGAAGCAGGGAAGGGACGAAUCUUAAUUGAUGGGAUCAACAUUGCUCACAUUGGACUUCGUGAUCUCAGAUCUCAAAUCACCAUCAUUCCUCAGGACCCUGUGGUCUUUUCUGGCUCCCUGAGGAUGAAUCUGGACCCCUUUGAAACUUGUUCAGAUGAUGAUUUGUGGAAAGCUCUGGAACUGGCUCACCUGAGUGACUUUGUAUCAACCCUGCCACAAAAACUGAACUAUCCAUGCUGUGAAGGAGGAGAAAACCUCAGCCUUGGCCAGCGGCAGCUGCUGUGUUUGGCCAGAGCUCUGCUAAGGAAGACCAAGAUCCUGGUCCUGGAUGAAGCCACAGCAUCUGUGGACCUGAGAACAGAUCAGUUAAUCCAAUCCACCAUUCGUAGUCAAUUUGAUGACUGUACAGUCCUGACCAUUGCUCACCGCCUGAACACCAUCAUGGACUACACAAGGGUCAUUGUGAUGGACCAAGGCUGUAUCGUAGAGAUGGAUGCCCCCUUUAAGCUCAUGCACAUGCAGGGUCACUUCUAUCAAAUGUGUGUUGAGGCUGGUUUGAUCUGACAUAUUUGAAAUAACAGUUGAGUGAUGUUGGUGAGAUGUAGAGAUAAUGGUAGUUUAUAAAAUGUUAUCUUUGUAUUUGUAUUAACAACACACAAGCAAUGUAUAUUUGUGUAAAUGUCUUGUUUGAGAAGGUUGAGUUAAAAUAUUUAUGUAUCUUUAUUAAAGACAGUUGAAUAACAACCAUGAGUAGCCAUGAACAUAUUGAAUUAUACUUUCAACCUGUGAUCUACACGAUUAGCAGUGAAUUUAGUAUUAAACAUCGCAUGGUUUACCAUAAAUAAUGUUGUAAAUUAUACUCUGGGGGUUAGGGUGGAGGAAAUUGACACACCCAUUUUCAAAACCAAGGACCUCUUUCAGGAUCAAAGUUCUGUCAUGUCUAGACAAAACUUGGAUUGUUAUUGUCGAUGCAGAAAAUAAAAAAGCUUAAUUGGUG